CCGAGCCGCGGGGAGUGCCGGAGUAGUCGCUGCUGCUGCUGCUGCUGUUGCUGCUGCCGCCGCCGCCGUCGCCGCCGCCGGGGGUCUGGCGUGCCCCGCCACCCCGGGCCGCUGGGUGCCGAGGCCGCCGGCGGAACAUGGCGCCCUGCACGUUCUGGCGCUGCUGCCAGCGCACCGUGGGCUGGGUGCCGGUGCUCUUCAUCACCUUCGUGGUCGUGUGGUCCUACUACGCGUACGUGGUGGAGCUGUGCGUGUUUACACUUUCUGGAAAUGGAGAAAACGGAAAGGCCGUUGUUUACCUUGUGGCUUUCCAUCUGUUCAUUGUUAUGUUUGUAUGGUCCUAUUGGAUGACAAUUUUCACGUCUCCCGCUUCCCCCUCCAAAGAGUUCUGCUUGUCCAAUUCUGAAAAGGAACGUUACGAAAAGGAAUUCAGCCAAGAAAGACAGCAAGAAAUUUUGAGAAGAGCAGCAAGGGACUUACCUAUCUAUACCACAUCAGCUUCAAAGACCGUCAGAUAUUGUGAGAGAUGUCAGCUGAUUAAGCCUGACCGUGCGCAUCACUGCUCAGCAUGUGACAUGUGUAUCCUUAAGAUGGACCAUCACUGUCCCUGGGUGAAUAACUGUGUGGGAUUUUCUAAUUACAAAUUCUUCCUGCUAUUUUUAUUGUACUCUCUAUUAUAUUGCCUUUUCGUGGCUACAACAGUUUUACAGUACUUUAUAAAAUUUUGGACGAAUGAACUCUCAGAUACACGUGCAAAAUUCCACAUACUUUUUCUUUUCUUUGUGUCGACGAUGUUCUUCAUCAGCGUGUUGUCACUUCUCAGCUACCACUGCUGGCUAGUUGGAAAAAACAGAACAACUAUAGAAUCAUUCCGUGCACCCACAUUUUCAUAUGGACCUGAUGGAAACGGUUUCUCGCUUGGAUGCAGUAAAAAUUGGAGACAAGUCUUUGGCGAUGAAAAGAAAUAUUGGCUACUUCCAAUAUUUUCAAGUCAGGGUGAUGGCUGCAGUUUUCCGACUCGUCUUGUGGGGACGGAUCCAGAACAAGCUUCUGUUUCAAACCACAGUGAAAAUACCAGAAGUAUUGGCUCAAAUCCACCCUUUCCUAUCAAACCGCUUAGUGAAUCAAAAAACCGCUUGUUGGACAGUGAACCUCAGUGGCUAGAGAAUGGAUCUGAAGAAGGUGUCGUCAGAUCAGGGACAAAUAACCAUGUAGCAGUGGCAAUAGAAAAUUGAGUACCACUUGUUCAUAACUAACCAGUUGAAUAAGAGCAAGGUUUAUAAAAACAUUAUGGACGGAAUAUUUUCAGUUUUAUAUGCAAGAAGAUGAUCAAUGGAAUUAAAUAAUUGAAGUAUAAAUGAAGAUAUAUUUUUUAAACAAGGAAACCUUUGUACAGAUUGUUGGCUCCACAGAAGCACUACUCCAGAGCUGGAAGAUGCCUUAAUCUUAAAAUAGCCCAUUUGUUCAACACUGACUUACAGCUACAAGAGUGACUGAAUUUUACUUUGGAAAUAACAUUUACUCAUAAUAACAUAUUAUGAUAUGCUAUAAUAUGAGCUGUCAGGUCACAUGUUAACAUGGCGUAUGUAUUCUUUUGAUACCUGAGUUACAUUAUUAGAGUUGUUUCUUAGUAUCCAUAUAAAUUUUCACUCCAGAAACACAAGGUGAAAACUUGUCUUAAGUGAAGCACAUCUAGGUCAGUAUGGUGGCUGAAAGUGCUUGUACUGGGUAAGAAAAAGAAAAUAAUUGCUUUAAAAACAACUUGGUGUUUGCUAACUUAUAGUUACUGUUUUAUACUUUUCAACAUUUUUACUAAAGAUUUUUUUUUAUUGUUGGCUAUAAAAUAACACUCAGAAGGAUUUAGAUACCUAAUCAUUUAAAACAUGGAGCAUGUUUGUAUAAUUCAUUGAAGGCUUAGUUCUAAGCAUUAAUUAAACCAUGUGCAGUGUUGUGCCCAAGGCUUAAAGAAAAUGUGGCAGUAUAAGAAAUUUUUUUGUUUCUCUCUGCUUUUAAUAUACUCUUUUGUUGAACUUUCAUGGGUAUUUAUACAGGUAGGGAAACAAAGGUUACGUGUGCUAUAGAAAUAUUGGACACUGUAGGAUUGGGUAGAAGUGGCUAGAA